AUGGAUCCCCCUACCUUGAGCGGAAAGCCCACAUCAUUUUGGGGUAGCAUGCAGAAAGACAUACAAGCAGCCCUCGAACAGAACUUGGUAGUACUCUACUUCAAAGCUUACGGCUCAGCCGGUGGCGUGUUGCCGGGCCACUGGCGGCCAAUUAAAUGGACACUCGAAGACUUUGUGUAUUUCUAUGACUGUCCGGAGAUGGAAUCGGCCUGGAUGUCCUACGUGGAUGAAUAUCUUUCAGCUCCCACGGAAUCUACAAGUCCAUCUUGGUUUUCCGUUGUCGACACAAUGAACGAGAUCCUCGAGCGUCCUGAAGAUAUUAUAAACUAUUUGAACAUUCGGCCGGCAAAAGAGGUUGACAAGUCUCAUUGGCGUCACGUUAACCACAUCGCCGCUUUCAUCUUCAGGCUUCUCUACUAUCGAAGUCAUAUCGAAGAGGGCACGCCGGCUACCCGAGACGAUUUCCAGACUCGACAAGCUGCUUACGCUGACUCAUUUGGCCGAAACAAUCCUUUCUAUCUUAGCUGGGAUUCAUGCGACAAGUGGGCGGCUGCGUUUCUCCUUUUCUGCAAGCUCUCAUUUGAGCGGGACGUUUACCUUAGGAACGAACUAGUAGACAGGCUACUUCAGACCGAGGACAUCGCAGGACCUGGAGCAAGUGAUGAAGAAAUCAAAGAGCUGGUCGUGGACGAGUUUUCAAACGCAAUUGGGGAGGAAAAUGCUCUUAAGGCUUAUGAUGACUGGAUGUUGAAGAAAGCCCAAAUGCGUGGUGGUGUUUUAAGUCAUUUGAAGUUCUGGUAG